GUAUAAUGGUGUCUGUUGUUAUAACUAGAGCUAGUUAGUAAAAUACCUAUACAGUGAAAAUUGCAAAAAAAACAUGGGCAGCAAGUCUUCACCCGACUCCUCCCCCUCGCCUGCUAAAAAGAGGAAGGAGAAGAAGUCAAAUAAGAAGGGGGAGAAGAGGAGGAAGAAGGGGAGUAAAGGGAAGGAGCACAGGAGCAGAAGUAGGUCUCUGAAGGAAACAGGUGCAUUCGAGAGAGUACUGAACAAUUACCACUCUACAGGCGGCGCGGCUAGUGUAGGCGAUGAGCACUGGCUCAAUCUGGCUCUGGAGUUGAAGCCCCUGGAUGAGAUGGUGGGAGACCGGGGAAGACUGAUGGAGGAAGUGUUUGCUAUUCUGGGGGGAGACCAGCAGCUGAAUGAACUGCUUCCAGAGGUCAUCCGCAAGGCGAAUCAUUCUCCCGAGGAAAUCAGAGAACUACUGGUGAGCGAAUGCAAAAGAAUGACAGACGAGGACAUUCUGGAUGUGCUCAAGGGGAGGAAGGCUGUCGUGCCUGCGAACAGGAAACAACCGACAGAGAACUCCCGCCAAGGAUCCUCAAGCAGUAGAAAGUCGGUGGAGAGAGUCACUACAGACGAUUUAACAAAAUCAUUCCUCCAGGUGGACCCUGCGGCAAGUGGGGAGCCAACGCCUAGUCAGAUGGAGCUGCUGGAACUGGAAAUGAGAGCGAGAGCCAUCAAGUCACUCAUGCAUAAGCAGACUGUUCCAGAAACAAAUCCAGAGACGGUACUGAGCUCUGGAACUGGAGAUGGGCAAAUCGAGGAGCCAGAAACUGAGUUACAAUCUACAGAGGCUGUGUCUACAAAUGAAACGCCAGCGGGAAACGAGGCUGGUGCUUCUUAUAUUGUGACACCUCCAGAGCCAACGCAUAGUGAACAAGUUAUAAAAGAACCAAAAGCUCCUGAAGAUGUUAUCGAACCCAUUGCUUCAACUUCACAUUCAAACUCAAGCAAGGCAAAUGAAGCUAAUAGUGAAAAUGCGACCGGUGCUGAAUCGGAAUCUGGAUUGUCGAAGGCCAAAAUGAAACGAAAUCUUCCGAUGUCUGAUGAUCUGUUGAUUACAGAAAUAAGCGACGAAGAAAUGGAUCCCCUUUGAAAUGGAAAAUUUAGAAUGACAAACUUUUGAUUUUUCUUGUUGAGCUCUGACAAUGAUGCAAUAUUGUUGAUCUACAUUGUUUAGCUAGAUAAUUUUAUUCCUCUUUGAUUCCAUUUUCUUUUUUGAAAUUAUUUAUUUGACCCAUAA